UCGUCGACUGCGGCGCCGCCGCCAUUUUGUGGCCGCUCCGUGAGGGCGAAGGAGACGACGGAGAGUGAAGGGGGGAUGGGCCCGACAACGCAAUCAAAGGAAAACGCGCCGUGAAAUCCGACGUUAACGGCGAGGAAGGGCCGCUCCGCCUGUCCCGAGGGGUCUCUCCCCCCCCCCCCCCGCUGACCUUGGUUACAACAACAACCCCUUGCAUUGAAAUAGCCCCCUUCUCCAGGCUAAACGACAGACGAGAGAGAGAGAGAGAAGGAGGUGCAGACACUCAACGGUUCGACAUCUAAACAAUACUGAGUGCGCAGGUGCGCACAGUCUGGAAGCUGGGGAUGGAUUACGACAAGCGAGCAAGCCGGGGAGAACGUAUGGGGCGCUACGGGAGCGAACGUAAGAAAGACGAGGUACCGGACACGCGGGACCACGACUACAGGGACAUGGAUUACAGGUCGUACGACCGAGAGUACGAAUGUGACGGAGGCAAGGAGUACCUGCAGCAGGACUACAGGAACUACGAUCAGUCCGAGGAAUACAGAGAGGACAGCGACAGUUACAAAAGCUAUGAGAACACAGAAGAGGCCUUCAGCUUCCCGGGCGACGGGGACUACAGGGACCAGGACUACAGGAGCGAGUCCGGUGAUGAGAAAGCCAGCAAGAUCAUAAUGCUCCGGAUGCUGCCUCAAGCAGCCACCGAAAACGAUAUCCGGGUCCAGCUGCAGUACGCCGGCUACCAGCCUCGGGAGGUGCGGCUAAUGAGGAACAAAUCUUCAGGUCAGAGCCGUGGUUUCGCCUUCGUGGAGUUUAAUCACUUGCAGGACGCUACCAGAUGGAUGGAAGCCAAUCAGCAUUCCCUGGUUAUUCUCGGUCAGCAGGUCUCCAUGUACUACAGCGACCCCAAACCCAAGGCCAACGAGGAUUGGCUCUGCAACAAGUGUGGUGUACAGAAUUUUAAACGAAGAGAAAAAUGCUUCAAGUGCGGUGUUCCCAAGUCAGAAGGGGAGGUGCGUCUGGUGCCUGGCAGGAAGGAUCUUCAGCUGCCCCUCCCUGACGGACCACAGCCACUGCUCAAGUUUCCGCAACCGUUCCAACCGCCUCAGUUUCACCAGCAGCACCCAGUACACAGCCAGCAGUUCAACGAGAACGCCAAUGACACUGUAAUUCUGCGGAACCUGAACCCACAUACUACACUCGAUGUAAUCCUCAAUGCGUUGACCCCCUACGCAGUUUUGUCACCCUCUAACGUGCGGCUUAUCAAAGAUAAGCAAACGCAACUGAACAGAGGUUUCGCCUUUAUACAGCUUUCAACCAUUGUGGAAGCCUCCCAACUGCUUCAGAUCCUGCAGUCACUGCAGCCUCCUCUCAACAUCGACGGCAAGACCAUUAACGUCGAGUUCGCCAAAGGCACCAAGAGGGACGUGGUGCUGACCGACGGCAGUCGGGCGAGUGCUGCAUCCGUGGCCAGCACAGCGAUCGCUGCCGCGCAGUGGGCAGUCAACCAGAGUUCAGAUUCCGAUAACCAGAGCGCAUGGAUGAAUCAGGAGGGCCAACAAGGGGACUACUCGUACUACCAUCAUGACGAUGGCUACCAGCAGCAGUACUCCCAGGGCUGUAACCAGUAUUCCCAGGAUUACCAGCGGGGCUCCGACCAGCAGCAGAAGAACACCGGGCGCUCGAUGCCACCCUCCACGUACGAGGCACCGCCCACGACAGCAACAGAAACUUCGUCUGAGCCGGGUAUUCCUGGAGUCGAUCCCCUCCCAAGUCCACAGUCGUUCCCACAAUCAGUUCAAACCCAGGCAGCUCCGCAGCUAUAUCAGAAAUCAUCCAGCAGUCCUUCAGACAGCAGCCGCACAACACAGCCUCCCCAGAUCUCACGGCCUCCAACGUCCCAGAAGGUGGAGAUUGUGGCCGAACCCCAGCUCACCAUUGGCCAGGCUCCGGCAGUCAGCACCAGUACUCAGCCGCCUGCGGCCUCCAGCUCCAGUACACAGGACUACACCCAGUACCCUGUCCCUGACGUCUCCACCUAUCAGUACGAUGAGAUGUCAGGAUAUUACUACGACCCUCAGACUGGACUCUACUACGAUCCCAACUCUCAGUACUACUAUAAUGCACAGACGCAGCAGUACCUGUACUGGGACGGCGACAAGCAGACUUACCUCCCAGCCCCUGACCAGAGUGGAGACGCAGCCAAGGACCUGGCCUCCAAGGAGGGCAAGGAGAAGAAGGAGAAGCCUAAGAACAAGACUGCCCAGCAGAUCGCCAAAGACAUGGAGCGGUGGGCCAAGAGUAUGAACAAACAGAAGGAAAACUUCAAGAACAGCUUCCAGCCUCUCAGCUACCUCCGGGACGACGAUCGCCGAGAGUCUGCCUCAGCUGAUGCUGGCUAUGCCAUGCUGGAGAAGAAGAGCACACUGGCAGAGAGACAGCACGUCAUGAUGGAGCACCUGAAACGCACCACAGACAAGGUGAAGGAUGAGGAUAAUCGAGCGAGGGCGAGCCCACUGCGAGGCCUGGUGGCGGCCUACAGCGGGGAAAGCGACAGCGAGGAGGACCAGGAGGAAGACCAGGAGGAAAAGCUGACCGACUGGCAGAAGCUGGCCUGCCUGCUGUGCAGGAGACAGUUCCCCAGCAAGGAGGCGCUCAUCCGACACCAGCAGCUCUCGGAGCUGCACAAGCAAAACCUGGAGAUUCACAGGCGGUCGAAGCUUUCAGAGUCCGAACUGGAAGCUCUGGAGAAGAGCGAGAGAGAGUUCAAGUUCAGAGUGACAGAGAGACGGGGGAAACUGGGCGCAUCGGACACCGUCGAAGCCAAACGGAAAAGGACGCAAGCAGGGUACGAUAGUACGAGUCACGGCAUUGGGAACCGCAUGAUGCAGGCGAUGGGCUGGAAGGAGGGCACGAGGCUGGGACGCAAAGAGCCAGGGAUGGCCCCCUCCUCCAAGUAGACCCGGGAUUUUUGAUUGGAAUGUCAUCACUGCGUCGUGACGUGACGGCCACAGCACUCCGCGGAGAGGGAGAGAGAGAGAGAUCGCCUACGAGUGAAGGUGUGCGAAUUGACAAGCAGAGAACCUACAGCAUUCAAGCAGUCUGGCCGAUCAAACCUUCCUUUUUGUUUUAUUUCCCCCCACCUCCGUCUCCCUUCAGAGGAGCAAGGGAAAGGACUGUAAAUAUUUUUCUCAGCCUCCGCAUGUAUGUUUUUCUACUAAUUAAAAGAAUGGAAACUA